AGUCGACGUCUUUAAAUACACUUGCCAUCUUGGUUACAACGUCGAAAUUUUUUUCCAAAAUGGACCGACCUCAGUUGUACGCCAAAUUUCAAGACUUGCAAAAAACCGACAACGUCUUCGUUUUGGAAAAGUUUUUCGAUAUUUCCCGAUGGAAAAUCGAGGGGGAAAACGCUUUGGACAUAGGUUGCGGGGACGGUAGAUUUUUAUUCGAACAUUUGAUACCGAAAUUACCGAAACAUUUCGGGAAAAUCGUCGCCGGUGAUUGUUCUCAAAAUAUGUUAGAGUUUGCGAAAAGUAGAUAUCGCACGCCGAAAGUCGAUUUCGUCCAAAUCGAUAUCGGCUCCGAAAAUAUUCCCGAAGAAUUCGAAAAUCAAUUCCACCACAUCUAUUCUUUCUACACGUUGCAUUGGGUGAAAAAACAAAGGAGAGCCUUUCAAAAUAUCUUCAACAUGUUGAAACCAGGAGGGGACAUAUUAAUGUCGUUCAUAGCAAAAUCUAAUUUAUACGAUAUCUACGAAAACAUGUCCAAACAUAAAAAAUGGCAACACUAUUCAACGAAAGAAUAUAUAUCACCGUAUCAUACACUAAAAAACCCAGAGAAAUAUCUGAGGAAUCUUUUAAGAAAAAUCGGAUUCGAUAUAAAAGUAUGUAAAAUGGUCCAGAGAUCUUUUUUGUUUCCAAACUUGGAAGUUUUCAAAAAUACAAUCAGCGCUGUGAAUCCUAUUAUACCGAAAUUACCUCCAGAUGACGUAGAAACUUAUUUAGAAGACUUUAUAACGGAAGUGGAGAAUCUCAAAUGUGUAACUAUAAAAAAUUUAAAUAAUAACGGAGAAAAAACGAUUCGUGAAUUCCACAAGAUAUUUAUCGUAGUCGCUUCUAAACCUUUAUAAGGAAAUUAUUACAAUUAGAAAUUUACCAAAGGAGGAUGUACGAGGCUGUACUAAAAAAAAUAAAGUGAAUAGCACAAAAAUCGUAGUUGGUGUCAGCAGACAUUGAUAGAUGUCAUUGAUGAUGCGUAUGAAUAUUUGAACAACAAGUCAUUUUUUAUUAAUGAUUUAUUAUAAUUGUAGAAUGAAGUUUAGGAGUUUAAUUUUUCAAAUAAAUCACCUAACCUAA